AUGGCUCUCAAAAUACAAUGCUUUUUUCAAAAUCGAAGCAGAGAUGUUCAGGCCUGGAAUGGAAAACAUUACAUCACUGCAGUACUAACACCAUAUCGCGCUGCCCAUCUAAGUAGUUUUAUAUGUUUUACUGGAUUCAAAGAACAAUGCUCAUUAAAGUACAGCAGUAUAGAAAACCAAGGCAAAUUUUUGUCAUGUGAUCAUUCUUUCGUUUACUUUGGGUUUGUUGAUGUCAAUUGUCGUGUUAAUCGCUCAGUUAAAUUGCGCAACAUUAGUUCAAAAUCACUAAAUCUCAAGUUGCAAUUGCAUAGUACGAGUAAAGGUUAUGAGCUUCUGGAGAAGGGUAUAAUAAUAUUAAAGCCGGAAGAAGCUCAUGUGGUGCAUAUAGUAUUCCAACCUCCAUUUGGUGCUUGCUUUCAAAAUGUUCUUCGUAUCAAAGUUCUCAAUGCUGAACAUAUAAAUUAUUCGAUUCCACUGGUGGGCAGUGGUGGUAUUGCUUCAUUGAGAGUUAUGGCACAGUCUGGACUGACUAUGUUGCGAGAUGGUUCAUUUGUUUUGACUGCACAAGGCGUUACAAACAUUAGUUUCUGUAUCGAAAAUAAAGGAUUGAGAGAUUCAUUUGCUCGUAUCGUUGUAAUGGAUAAACAGACAAAAACACCAGUCGAUGGACACAGUGUUAUUCCUUCUGACUGCGUUUCUAUCUUGCAUCGUACGAAACAGAAAUUUACAGUGGAAGUUCCAUGUUUCGUGAAUAGUGAAGCUAAUGGCAAACCUAAUCAGUCAUCUCCUACCACAUCGUUGUUAUUGCCAUCCUCGGCAGUUGCUCAGCAAUAUUAUGUACAGGUGUUAUGGGGUGAAGAAGCACAAAGACGCCGACUUAAAAAAUUUGAAAACGAGAUAUGUGCGAAUUUCACAUUCAACGGUUUAACUUUCACAAAAUGUAAAUUUAUGAAUGAACAAAAAUGCAAGUACACUGCGUCAGAGAACACAUCAUGUGGUUUUUACGAUCGUGAUGCAUUUGAAUUGGGCCUAAGAAUCACUCUUAUAUCGGUUGUAGAUAAUAGACUUUCACUAAUGUCCCGUAACACUCAACUUCUUCAAAGUCGAACACCUGUCGAAAGUAUCGUACUUGAACCAAAUGCUACCAUGUCAGUGGCUUAUCAUAACAGAAGUGUUGUUGAAGAUAUCUCAACCAUUUUUACUGCGAGUCAUAUAAUGUGA